AUGGUGGAGGAAUUGUCCGAAGAGAGCUGUUCCCGAUGUGGGAUGUCGUUCAUCGAGAAACUGAUGGCCGGACAGACUCUGGACGACAUUAUAGCGGACACAACACCGGCGGCCGAAGUGUCGAUAGCCAUGUGCUCGAUAUGUUUGGAUCCGUUGGACACCGAUCGGGAGGAGAAGACAUUGGUCUGCGGCCAUCGCUUCCACACGACGUGUGUCGACAAGUGGCUGGAAGAGCACACGUCGUGUCCGAUGUGUCGGCAAACAAUACCAGUGGCUGAGGAGCGCCCGGAUCUCAUUCAUGGCGGCCAUCGCUCACAGGUCUCACUCAGACCUGCGGUCAGACCCGUUAUCGGCGCCGAUGGGAGACUCAGUUUAAUACCCGACUCAAGCGCUGCACUACACAGGGCGAUAAGACAUCCGGAUUGGAUACAUUACAUGAAUACCCUACCGUUCCCAGACGAUGGGAACCGCUAUCACGAAGACCUCUGCGCCCGUGUGUUCAACAACGAGCUCAUUCUGGCCAAAGUGUUUGGCCACCUGUCGCUCCGACAGCUGUUCCAGUGCUGUCUGGUGUGUCACAAGUGGCACUCGGAGGCCACCCGCGUGGCCACGAAUCGCAGCCAAUCGUUGAACAUCUGCCACCUCUUCCACGCCGACCAUCCGUCACAAGACACGGAUCUGUCGCUCAUCAGAGACCCGACCGGCGGUGACGGAGAUAUGGCCGACGACUCGAUGGACUACUGUUCGCGCGUCCAUUGGGUCGAGCGGUACGACUUCAAGGCCAACGUUAUCCGCUCGAUGACCGCUGACCUCCGAUCGGUUCCCGCCGUCUGUCUGCUGGUGUACGGCUCGCUCGGCGAAGACGUGAAACUCGCGCAACGUCUGUAUCACACGGAGAUUCUGCGCCGAUAUCUGCCCCGCAGUGACUGUCUUGUGGUGAACCUCAACAGCCAGUGUCUGAUCGGUGCGCCGACCACUUCGUCGGUUCCCAUACAUAAGAUCACGCAUUUCGGCGAUUUGGCCGCCGUUUCGCUACUAUUGCUCCCGAAAUACAAGCCCGGAGUCGACGUCACUGUGUUUUCGGGCGCAGAUAUGCGCCAAAAGGUGUUCACUCGGCCC